UUAGGAUUGGGUGUUUGUAGUCCAACCUCAGACUGCUAGUCUUACGUUUUUCCGUUCUGGUCUAAGAAAGAUGGAGGAGUAUGCCAGAGAGCCAUGCCCCUGGAGGAUUGUGGAUGAUUGUGGAGGAGCAUUCACCAUGGGGGCAAUUGGUGGUGGAAUAUUUCAGUCAGUUAAGGGCUUUCGCAAUGCACCUAUUGGAUUUCGUCAUAGGCUGCGAGGAAGUGCAAAUGCAGUUAGGAUCCGGGCACCUCAAAUUGGUGGUAGUUUUGCUGUUUGGGGUGGUCUGUUUUCCACUAUAGAUUGUGGUUUAGUCAAGCUUCGCGGAAAAGAAGACCCCUGGAACUCCAUUACCAGUGGAGCAAUGACAGGAGCAGUGCUAGCAGCACGGAGUGGGCCUUUAGCUAUGGUGGGCUCAGCAAUGAUGGGAGGGAUACUCCUAUCACUGAUAGAGGGAGUUGGCAUCCUCCUGACCAGAUACACUGCACAGCAAUUUCAAAAUCAAAUAAUACUUGGAGAGGACUCAGGCCCACUUCCUCCAAAGGAUCCAUCUCAGCAGAAGGGCUACCCUGGAUAUGGACAGUACCAGUAGAUCAGCACAGUUCCAGCCUUGGACAUUAUCUACACACCCUGACAGGUUUUGCUCCUGGCGAUGGGGCUAAAUAAGCUACAGCAGAUUGUGCAUUUUCCAGUUUUCUUUAAACAGUGCAGGCUUGGCUCAGUGUGAUCCAUGAUGUGAAGCUGUAACUAGAUAGAUUUAAGCUGCAGCCAUUUGAAGCCAGCAAUCCUGACACAGGAAAACAUUUUUUUUCCUUCCCUGUGGAUUUUUUUAUACUUCUGGAUGGAUUCUUUAUAUUUACAUUUUAGCGCAUUACAAGAAAAAUGAUCCCUUUAUGAUUUCAACAAAACUAUUGUUCAGUUAGCUGUUCCUCCAGUUCAUGGCUCUGUUUUACCUGGCAAGUAAAAAGCUGCCACCAGCGCAGAACAUCAUUUUAUGCUGUUACAGCAACUUAACAAUUAUUGCCUAAAUGUUGUGCUUAGAAAGGAGAUGACAGCUGUCGAGCAGAUUAAAACUAAAUGAAACAUGAAUUCUAAUUUUGAACCUCUUAGACUGACAAGUGGACUCUCUUUUGUUGUCAUAAAGAAAUUCCUGCUUGGUAAAGGUGAAAGCCUGCUUUCUUUCCAGGACUGGCCAUUACGGCCCAGACAGGCUUUGUGAGUUUUAAAUGUAUUAACAGAAUGUGACAGGGGAAUUUGGUCAGUUGCAUAAUGCUGUGCUGCACAACUAGCUUUCCCAAUGAGGAUGGUACUACACCGUUUUAAUAAAAAGACCACUGUAUGUUUAGUGUCCUCAUUAAAGACCUUACUGACUUGUGGAACUACUA